CUGCGCAUCAUGCGAGUGCUCUCACUAGCGCCGCUCACCAUCGCACGGGAGCGCGCCGGGUACCGCAUUCGAGUCUGCAAACGUUAUGCGUACGCGGGAUACUUAUACGCUAUUUUCCUGAAUGUCUUCCACGUUUACAUCUCAUCGUUGGGGAAAGAUUCCAAAAAUGAAUAUAUCAAAACAAUAGAAAAUUUGCCGUUACUGUGGCUUUUAACAAUUUUAGAUGUGUCACUGGGGACAAUUAUCACGGGGCUCGGAGCAUUGUUCAGUAUAUCAAGAAUGAACAAUGUAAUAGAACAGGUCUAUUAUAUGGAACAGGUGUUCCCCGCACACAGACAAAAAGAAGUGAAUAAUAAAAACAAAAGGCUUAUACUAUUUAUGAUUAUUUCGAGAAUGUUAUUAGAUGGACAUUUUUUGGUAUAUACGGCUUUUAUCAAUAAAAUAGAUAAAGGCUGGGUCGGCCUACUCUCUAAUCGCCUUAAAUUCACAGUAGUAUGUUCGGUGCAAGCAUAUGUAUUUGCGUUGUAUGAAGAAAUGUUAUCUAAAAUACGUAUCGUUCGAGAAGAGCUACAGGAUCUAGCAGACCUAUUGGAAUUUGAAUACAUCCCAUCAUCGGCCGCAUUUACGGAAUCAGUAAAUCUAAGGUUACGAAAGAUUGUAGAAAAAAUUGAUUUUUUAAAGAAAAUAUUUGGCAAGAUGAAUCAAAGCAACCAAUAUACUGCCUUUUUUAUUUACAUCAACAUUAUUACCCGGUUAAUAGAAACUGCGUUCGAUCUUUUAAAGUUCGGUCCCGAAGGUCUAACCGUGAUGAUUACGUUCCGCUUUUUAUUCUUGUUGCACCAUUAUUUUGUUCUGGUUAUGUUUACUGAGCCUUUCCAUGGAAUAGAGAUCGAGAUACAAGCCUUAAAGUUGCAAGCGAGUCGCAUCGCCACAACGGACUACGUAACCGACUCCAUUCCAGCGCCACUUGAAAUGCUCUACGACGAGUUAUCCACUAUGAAUAUGACGUUUUCUCCGCUUGGAAUUAUCACAAUAGAUCGAUCCCUACUAGCCAAGACCCUGGGUGCUGCAAUUUCCUAUCUCGUUAUUGUUCUUCAGUUCAAAGUUGACUCAGGGAAAAAUUAGUUUUGUCUUACCUGUACUUUCUGGAAAAAGAGAAGAUCUGUUACUUCAUGACAUGAUAAAGUUGAUAUAUCUACUAUAUAAAAAUAAGUCGGGUUUUCCUUCCUGACGCUAUAACUCCAGAAUGCACGAACCGAUUUACGCAGUUUUGCAUUCGUUGGAAAGGUCUCGA